CUUCCGGAUCUACGACUGGCCGUAAUUACCUUGAUGUGGUGAAAUCACUUGCAGGAGCUGAUUCAAAUCAACCAGCCUGGAAAGCGGCUUUGAGGUGGUUAAGGAGUACUCUCAAUACCUUGUGCACACUGAAUACUUACCUUGCCUACUUACCAUUCCAGUAA